AUGACUGCCGCCGCUGCUGACGGCAUCAAGGAUCUCAGACUAGAAGAAGCCAAAGGAAAUCUCCCGCAAGGCGCCGCCAACGGCCUGCCGAAGGUUGAAAAUGGAGACGUAGACGACUCAGAUGACGACGCGGAGGCUGGCAAUGGGGUCGUAGAUGGUGGCGCGGCAGGCGCAAAGAAGAAGAAGAGAAAGCCGAGGAAGAAGAAGAAGGCUGGCGCUGCCACGAAUGGUACCAACGGCGCAAAAGUACAAUCUGACCCUCCCCGCGUCCCCGUAUCGCAACUCUUCCCCAACAGCCAGUACCCCACCGGUGAGGAAGUCGAGUACAAGGACGACAACGCCUACCGCACAACCAGUGAAGAAAAGCGCCACCUGGACCGUAUGAACAACGACUUCCUCACCGAGUACAGACAGGGCGCAGAAGUGCAUCGGCAGGUGCGGCAAUGGGCGCAGAAGAACAUCAAACCCGGCCAAACCCUUACGGAGAUUGCGGAAGGAAUUGAGGACAGCGUAAGGGCUUUGACCGGGCAUCAGGGUUUGGAGGAAGGCGACAACAUUAGGGGCGGUAUGGGCUUUCCCACCGGACUAAGCAUCAACCAUUGCGCAGCGCACUACACGCCGAAUGCGGGCAAUAAGAUGGUUCUGGGCGAGAAGGAUGUGAUGAAAGUUGAUUUCGGUGUCCACUUCAAUGGAAGGAUAGUCGAUUCUGCAUUCACGUUAGCCUUCGAUCCUAUGUAUGACAAUCUCCUGGCUGCGGUAAAGGACGCGACGAAUGCAGGCGUCAGGGAAGCUGGUAUCGACGUUCGUAUGUGCGACAUCGGCGCGGCAAUUCAAGAGGUCAUGGAGAGCUACGAGGUGGAGAUCAACGGACAGACACACCCCGUCAAGGCCAUCCGGAAUCUAAACGGCCACAACAUCGGACAGUACAACAUCCAUGGCGGCAAGAGCGUGCCCAUUGUCAAAGGAGGUGAUCAGACGAAGAUGGAGGAAGGCGAAGUUUUCGCUAUUGAGACGUUCGGUAGCACAGGCAAGGGCUACGUGAGAGAUGACAUGGAGACAUCGCAUUAUGCGAAGAAAGAAGACGCGCCGAAGGUGGCACUGCGAGUGUCCUCGGCGAAGACUCUCCUGAAUUCGAUAACAAAGAACUUCGGAACCCUUCCUUUCUGCAGGCGUUAUCUGGAUCGAUUGGGACAUGAAAAGUACUUGCUUGGACUGAACAACUUGGUGCAAAGCGGCAUCGUCGAGGCGUAUCCGCCUCUUUGCGAUGUCAAGGGCUCCUACACAGCUCAGUACGAACACACGAUUUUGCUUAGGCCGAAUGUCAAGGAGGUUAUUAGCCGUGGCGAUGAUUACUAG